CACAAAAUGGUGGUAGUAUUUUCGUCCCCGUUUAUCAUCGCUUCUUUUCUGUGGUGGCCCGUGGACAAGUUCGUAUAUAUCAACCCACUGAAUCCAUUUUCCAAAUUUACCGAUCGUUCAGGCGAGCGGUCCCUUCGAUCCAACGUUUCCAUGGCGUCGUAGUGUCAGGCAAACGUCGAAAUCGAACCGAAGCGUUCCGGCAUGGCGCCGGACGACGAAGAACCUUCCAACGUUCCGGAGUCGGACGUCCCACCGAGGGAACCCCAUCCGCUGGACGAACUGACUGACCAGCAGGUGAUCGAUUUGGUUAGCGACUUGGAGAUGGAAAACGCCCACCUCCGGCUCGAGAACACGCUGUUCGAGAACUUCCUCCAAGAAAACGACCCGUCUCUCUUGGAGGACGUGGAGGACGUAAUGAAGCAGCUGUCCGCCGAGUCCCCUCUACCCAAGUUAAAAGUCGACUCCUACACGAGCCUGUCGUCCAUCGUCGAGGGCAAGGGCCCGAAGAUCAACCUGUCGCAGAAGACGGAGAUGGCGACGCGCGCCAUGGAUGAUUCGCAGUCUAGGUUGCAAAACUUCCUGAAGAAAACCCAUAUAAUCAAACGGAAUUUAAAAUCGGAACUCGAAGAGUUCGCCAUCAGGGAGGCAGAGAUCAGGGAGGCCGUCGACAUAUUCGAAUUCAGCGUGGUUACCCAGGGUUGCGAUAGGCUGACGCACAGGAUCCCCGCAGAGAAGUUCGUCAGGUACAUGGAGGAAUGGCUGAAGAGCGCGCAGCUGCAGAUCGAGAAGCUCCGGCUCCGGAUCGCCACGCUCAAGGUGCAGUACCGGAAAGUCUCCCAGCAGCUGGUGCAGAAACGGGAGCUUGGAGAGAACGUUCACGCCGUCGACUUCGACCAGCUCGAGAUCGAGAACAAGAACUUCGCGGACACGAUAGAGCGGAAGAACCUGCACGUGCUGGAGCUGAAGAAGAUCAACGGCGGAGCGAACUUGGUGCUGAGCACGCACAAGAAGUACCUCCGCAGGCAGCAGGAGGACUACCACAAGCUGAGGGAGGAGAUCGCGGACAAGCGGAAGUUGAUCGAGGAGACGGAGAAGCAGGUUUCGCAGGCGGAGGAGGAAGUGAGGGCGGCUCGCGAGAGGUACGAGCAAUGCCGACGUUUGCGGGAUAAGUACACGGUGCCCGACGUCAUGGAUUACGUCAGGAUCAAAGAGCGGCUGCACGAGACGGCCAAAGAGAUGAAGAUGUGGACGCGCAGGAGGAAAGUGCAGGACAUCGCGUUGAACGCGUGCCUGAGGGAAAUGAAACACGUCCAAGGGAACGUCGACCCGUCUUGGCUGGCCGAGGCCGACACGUCACGGGAUGACGCGUAAAUUAAUAAUUAAUAAACAAACGUUAAAAUUGAAUUGGCCGUUUGCAAAAUGUCUAAAUUACACACCGAUCUAGCGUGCGGGAAGCGUCACUUUACCACGUCACGGUCGUAGAAAAAGUAUAGUAUGCAACACGUUUGGUAAACUCUUUAGCUCACUCGUGAGUCAAAUGCCGUCUACCGCACUUGUUGCCCAAUAUACUAUUAACGUUCAAUUUUUGUUUCUAUUCAGUAUUCAGCUGUGAAAAAUCCGGAUAAAAUUUUCAUCUGGGUACCGGAAAGCAAAAAACUUUGGUUCAUGUCUGUAAAUAUCAUUUCAAUAUAAGGUGUUUUCUAAUCGAAUGUCAAUAAUUGAAGGGACGAUUCUCGGGUCCGUUUUAAAAAGAAAACUUCACGUGAACAUGCGUCCCCGACAUGUUUUAGUUCACCACAAUUUCUUUAAAAUUUACGUGCGGAUGGCGUAUAUUAAAAUAAAAAUUAUUCUUACAUUCUCCAACCAUUUCUAAAGAAAUUUAAUGUUUUUAUUUUUUUCCAGUUAAAGAAAAUAAAAUUUCUCCUACAUCGUCAUAACAUGCAGGGAAUUCUUGUCAUUUUUAUUUCUUAUUUAAAUAAUUGUCUAUGUGUACGAAGUAACGAUACCAAAUACGUAAACUCCGAGGUGUAUUUGUGAUAUCUUUAAUAUUAUUUUUUAUCAUUGUAGUAGGCCGUGUGUAAGAAUAAUUAAUUCUAUUAUCAAGGUGGUUGUUUAACAUAAUCAGGAACAGAAUGUGGUUCAUGCAUGACGCCUUUAGAGUUGCAGCAAGAAAAUAUUUGAAUCACAUAUUUAAUAACCGCGGCGGACCUCAUCUAUGGCCCUCAGAUUUAAAUAGUUUGGACUUUUGCUUAUGGGCCAUGUUGAAAAUCUGGUUUACCGCACCCAGUUAAUACCGUAGAAGAGCUUCCUGCGAUUUAAUGAGAAACACUGGAGGUUUAGGAAACUUUAAACAACUUAUAGUUUCUAUAUCCUACUUUUUUCAAAGAGGUUGUUGUCCAUUUAUUAAAAUUAUUUUAUUUUAUUAAAAAUUAUGA